ACUGUCGUUAUGGUUACGCUUCUGUUUGUGUGUUCAGGAAAAUAAGGUAUUCCUUUCGGCUGUUAGGUGAACGUGCUGAACGGAUUGGUUUUGUGACAGGCACACAUCAGUUGGAAACUUAAGUACAGUACACCACAAUGUCUUCUGCUGUGCCAGAUAUUAUGGCAAACUUAGCCUCUCUGCAGUUUGAACAUGGAUUAACUGAAGAUGAGAAAUCCCUGGUGCACCUGAGAGAUCAUGCCAUUGCUCUUACCAUCAGCACCUCUGUACAUGCUGCCUUUUUCUGUAGGCUUCUUAGUACAGUCAGGCAGAAAAUAACAACAGGAAAUGCUUCUCUAACCACCAAGGUAUCCAAAUUGUGGUCACCAGCAUCCAGCAAUAAUAGUAUAAAGGUGGGAAUCAUUGGUGGAGGCCACAUUGGAAAACAGUUAGCCAGAGUGUUACUAGAUGUGACUGAUGUUCCUGCUGCACACAUUCGGAUCUCCAGCAGAAGACCAGAGACCUUACAUGAAUUUCAGAAGGUUGGGAUUGAAUGUUUCUACAACAACGGUCAUUUGGCAGCCUCUUCAGAUGUCUUGUUCCUCUGCUGUCUGCCAGCCCACCUUUCCAAAAUUUGUUCUGAGAUCAAGGGAAGGCUGUCCGAAUCUUGCAUUGUCUACAGUCUGAUUACAGCUGUACCCAUUCCCAGAUUGAAGCAGUUACUGUGUCACAGUGCUAUUCUGAGGCCAGAGUAUGUUUUUACAGGAGGUUAUACAGGUGAUAUAUGGAAGAAAGGCAGGACAGUUAGUGCAGCCUUGAAAGAUUCUGCUGUAAUAAAGGCCACAUGGCCGUACAGCCCUUCUGAAGGUACACUGGUGAAAGUGAAAUGGUAUGAGGCUGUCCUGUAUUGUGCAUUGAAUCUGUGUACCAGCAAUAAACUCUCGCACUCGCAGUCAGUACAGCUGCUUAAUGAAAUUCUUCUGCAUCCAUUCACAUCUGAAGAAACAGAAAUGACACCAUCAAAGUUUGUUCCAGAGAGUUUUGUGAACAAAUCCUUCUGUGCCACAAUGUCCGUUGAGGAUUUCUUCCCAAGCUUUGAUUUGUCAGCUGUUCAAGGAAAAGACACACCACUAAGCCGAUUUCUGGAAGGUAAUCCAACUCUUCUAGAACAGCUUUGCAAAGUUUACUGUGCAUCCUUUGGAGCCAUUCAUACUGAGAGCAAAGUGGCUUUAUCAUCAUGAGCAUCGUUUUUUUCUCCUUUAAUGAGGAAAUGUCCUUUUUUAAGAUAAAUGGUCUGAAGUAACUGUAGCACAAGUUUGACACUAGACCCACAAAUCCACCUACGUCAGUUUUUUUAUUCUUUGCAUUGAGUUGUGAGGCCUUAGCUGUUUCAAAGUGCUGUAGAGCCUAAAAUAGACAUCUAUAUACAUUAUAUCAGAUGUGGAAUACAAGUGUUUUACCUCAUCCUAUAUAUUUAAUGCUUAAACUGAUGAAAAGUGUUGAAGGAUACAUUAAAAGAAAUUUUUGGAUGUA